UUGCGAAGCAUCUUUCAGACGAGCUGAAAGACAUUCCUGAAAUUUGCAGUUCGGGUUUGUUCAGUACUUUUCUCGCGAUAAAUUGACAUUGCUGGGUUGCUGAAUUCAAAAAAUAAAUUGAAAAUUUAUAAAAAAUAAUGGAAGACAUAGAAUCACAAAUAAAGGACAUUCAGGAACGAAAACGAAAAGCACAGGCGGAUGAUGAGAAAAGUAAAGGAAUUGGACUUUUAGAUGCUGGAUAUUUCGAUUCAGACAUUUAUGAUGGGAAUGGAACUCAAGGCAAGCAAAAAUAUGAAGGAUAUGUAACAUCGAUUGCAACAAAUGAGGACGAAGAUGAAGAUGACGAUGAACCAGUCAGAGCAAGUGAUAAGAGAACAACUGGACUUGGAGCUCCUCUUGCUUUUUUCGCAGAUAUCGCUAGAAGCGAGCCAGAAUAUGAUCCAUUUGCUGAUCGUAGACCAAAAACCGUUGGCGAGAAGGAAGAUGAAUACAGACAAAAGCGACGAAAGCUGGUCAUAUCACCAGAACGUGUUGAUCCAUUUGCUGAUGGUGGCAAAACUCCCGAUGUUGCGUCAAGAACAUACACAGAAAUUAUGCGUGAACAGCAACUUCGUGGCGAAGAAGCUGAAUUGCGUAAAAAGAUUCAGGAAAAGUCAAAAGAUGGAUCAUUGAAAGUAUCAAAUGGCGAUUCUAAUCGUUCAGAACCAAAAAAGAGAGGUAGAUGGGAUCAGACAAUAGACGAGCAAUUUGUUCCAGCUAAAAAGUCAGCUACAGGAUCAACUACGCCAACAUGGGACACAGAUAAAACUCCAGCUGAUCAUAGAUGGGACGAAACUCCAGGACAUAAAGGAAGUGAAACACCUGGAGCGACUCCUAGUGCAAGAAUUUGGGAUGCAACUCCUGCUGUAUCAAGUCAUUCGACGACUCCUGGACGUGGAGAGACUCCAGCUCAAGAAAAGUCUACAAGACGUAAUCGUUGGGAUGAAACACCAAGAACAGAACGUGAAACUCCUGGGCAUAAUAGUGGAUGGAUGGAAACUCCAAGAGCAGAUAGAGGAGCCGCAGAAAUGAUUGAUUCUACACCAGGAGCAUCAAAAAGACGUUCUCGUUGGGACGAAACUCCAUCUGGCGCUACCCCAUCAUCAAUGACACCUUCUAUGACUCCACAUGCUUUAACCACGCCAAGUCAUGCGACUCCAUUAUUGACUCCUAGUGGAUCAACGCCAAUUGGAGCAAAAGCUAUGGCUAUGGCAACUCCAACUCCUGGUCAUUUAGCAUCAAUGACACCAGAACAACUUCAAGCAUAUCGUUGGGAAAAGGAAAUUGAUGAAAGAAAUCGUCCAUUUUCAGAUGAGGAAUUAGAUUCACUAUUUCCACCAGGCUAUAAAGUUUUGCCUGUUCCAGCUGGUUAUAUUCCUAUUCGUACACCAGCACGUAAAUUACAAGCAACACCUACACCAAUAGCUGGCACGCCAGCUGGAUUUUUCAUACAACAAGAAGAUAAAAGUGCUGCAAAAUUCAAUGAUAAUCAGCCUAAAGGAAAUUUACCAUUUAUGAAGCCAGAAGAUGCACAAUAUUUUGAUAAAUUGCUUGUUGAUGUCGAUGAAGAAUCACUUACACCAGAAGAACAGCGUGAAAGAAAAAUCAUGAAAUUGUUGCUUAAAAUUAAGAACGGAACUCCACCAAUGAGAAAAGCAGCAUUGCGUCAAAUAACAGAUAAGGCACGCGAAUUCGGCGCUGGUCCAUUAUUUAAUCAAAUUUUACCAUUGCUCAUGUCACCGACACUUGAAGAUCAAGAAAGACAUUUACUGGUUAAAGUUAUUGACAGAAUUCUAUACAAACUUGAUGACUUGGUUCGUCCUUAUGUCCACAAAAUUUUGGUUGUUAUUGAACCAUUGUUGAUUGACGAAGAUUAUUAUGCUCGUGUUGAAGGACGUGAAAUCAUUUCAAACUUGGCAAAAGCAGCAGGUUUAGCCACUAUGAUCAGUACAAUGAGACCAGAUAUUGAUAAUAUUGAUGAAUAUGUCAGAAAUACUACAGCAAGAGCUUUUGCAGUCGUAGCUUCAUCUCUGGGUAUUCCAUCACUUUUGCCGUUCUUAAAAGCUGUUUGUAAAAGUAAGAAAUCAUGGCAGGCACGACAUACAGGUAUAAAAAUUGUCCAACAAAUUGCUAUUCUUAUGGGAUGCGCCAUUUUACCACAUUUAAAGUCAUUGGUCGAAAUUAUUGAGCAUGGAUUAGUCGAUGAACAGCAAAAAGUCCGAACUAUUACUGCAUUGGCUAUAGCUGCUUUAGCUGAAGCUUCAACCCCAUAUGGAAUUGAGAGUUUUGAUUCCGUUUUAAAACCAUUGUGGAAAGGUAUUAGAACACAUCGUGGUAAAGGUCUAGCUGCAUUCCUUAAAGCUAUUGGAUAUUUAAUUCCAUUGAUGGAUGCUGAAUAUGCCAAUUAUUAUACACGUGAAGUCAUGUUGAUUUUAAUUCGUGAAUUUCAAUCGCCUGACGAAGAAAUGAAAAAGAUUGUCUUGAAAGUCGUUAAGCAAUGUUGUGCUACGGACGGUGUUGAAGCUCAAUAUAUUAAGGAGGAGAUUUUGCCUCACUUUUUCAAACAUUUCUGGAAUCAUCGCAUGGCAUUAGAUCGUCGUAAUUAUCGUCAAUUGGUUGACACGACAGUCGAAAUUGCCAAUAAAGUUGGAUCUUCUGAAAUCAUUAAUCGUGUCGUUGACGAUUUGAAAGAUGAAAAUGAACAGUAUCGUAAAAUGGUCAUGGAAACAGUUGAGAAAAUUAUGGGAAAUCUUGGUGCAGCAGAUAUUGAUUCACGUCUUGAGGAACAACUUAUUGAUGGUAUUUUAUAUGCUUUCCAAGAACAAACAACUGAGGAUGUCGUUAUGCUUAAUGGAUUCGGUACAAUUGUCAAUCAAUUAAGUAAGAGAGUCAAGCCAUAUUUACCACAAAUUUGUGGUACAAUUCUCUGGAGAUUAAACAAUAAAUCAGCAAAAGUUCGACAACAAGCAGCUGAUCUUAUAUCCAGAAUUGCAGUAGUCAUGAAGACAUGUCAAGAAGAAAAACUUAUGGGACAUUUAGGUGUUGUGCUGUAUGAAUAUCUUGGAGAAGAAUAUCCAGAAGUUUUGGGUUCAAUUCUUGGUGCGUUAAAGGCUAUUGUAAAUGUUAUUGGAAUGACUAAAAUGACACCUCCAAUUAAAGAUCUUUUGCCAAGAUUAACGCCCAUUCUUAAGAAUCGUCACGAAAAAGUACAAGAAAAUUGCAUUGAUCUUGUUGGUCGUAUUGCUGAUCGUGGUCCUGAAUAUGUUUCAGCACGUGAAUGGAUGAGAAUUUGUUUCGAAUUAUUGGAACUGCUUAAAGCACACAAAAAAGCAAUCAGAAGAGCAACAGUCAAUACAUUCGGUUAUAUUGCAAAAGCUAUUGGUCCACAUGAUGUUCUCGCGACUUUAUUGAACAACUUGAAAGUACAGGAACGACAGAAUCGCGUGUGUACAACAGUUGGUAUUGCUAUUGUCGGUGAAACAUGUCGACCUUUCACCGUACUGCCUGCAUUAAUGAACGAAUAUCGUGUACCGGAAUUGAAUGUACAAAACGGUGUACUCAAAUCAUUGUCAUUCCUUUUCGAGUAUAUCGGUGAAAUGGGUAAAGAUUAUAUAUAUGCAGUCGUUCCAUUACUUGAAGAUGCUCUUAUGGAUCGUGAUUUAGUUCAUCGACAGACUGCUUGCGCUGCAAUCAAACAUAUGGCAUUAGGUGUUUAUGGCUUCGGUUGUGAAGAUGCUCUUAUACAUUUAUUAAACUAUGUAUGGCCGAAUAUCUUUGAAACAUCACCACAUUUAGUACAGGCAUUUAUGGACGCUGUUGAGGGAUUACGCGUAGCACUCGGACCAAUUAAAAUCUUACAGUACACUUUACAGGGUCUCUUCCAUCCGGCUAGAAAAGUUCGAGAUGUUUAUUGGAAAAUUUACAAUUCACUUUACAUUGGAGCUCAAGAUGCACUAAUAGUUGGAUAUCCACGCAUUGAAAAUGAUCCAAAAAAUCAAUAUGUUCGAUAUGAACUAGACUACAAUUUAUAAGCUUUCUAAUGUUAUCUAUUUUAAUCAUUUCGCAUUUCAUGUCUCGACGUUCCCUGUGUCCUUAUUAAUAAAAAAAAAAAUCAAAACUACCGGAUAUGGAGCACGAUGAUAUGAUUUUAAUAUGUAAGAAUCUUGAUUAUUGAGGAAAUCCAAUAAAAUUUUAUGAUUUUAAUUAA